AUGUCGCUGUUGGCGCUGCUCAGACUGCUGCCGCGAAGAAGGCUGGGGGUCGCGCCGCUUCUAGCGGCCGCCGAGCGAGGCUUGUGGCGGCGCCAUCCCCAAGCGAAGGCGAGGCCUCGGCCGUACGGCGGGUGGAACGAGCCAACGUCCGGCGGAGCCACGCCCCUAGCCUUCACCCUCGCCCUAUCAGCUUUUUCUCUGUUCUCGCAAGAAGCUGAACAGGAGACAGAGAAAGAAGCCAAGGAAGAUAGGCCAGAAGAGGCAGAAGAGGAAAUAAUUUUUUUGCUGAAAAAAGCCAAGCUCUGCAUCAUGAAAGGAGAGUUGGAAGAAGCUGAGAGGCUCCUGCACGAAGCUGCCCAACUCUCUCACCAGUCUGACAACAAGGACGGCAUCAUCUACACGUAUGACACGAUGGCGAACCUGGCCUUUCUGCGGGGACAGCUGGACCAUGCAGAAAAACUCUUCAAGGCAGCCAUGAGCUUCCUGCUGGCCGGAAACAUGGAACAAGAUGACAACGCCAUCAUUGAGAUGUCCCUCAAGCUGGCCAGCAUCUAUGCUGCUCAGGAUCAAGAAAAGUUGGCUCUGGCUGGCUACCAGUUCUGUAUCCUGACCCUGGAAGAGAAAAUUGCGAAGCAGAAGGACACGGGCACCGAUGCUUUACCAGCAGAGGAAGAGCGAGUCAACACACAUCUCCUCCUUGGCAUGAGUCUCGACUCCUAUGCCCGCUAUCUGCUGGCACACAAGCAGGCAGCUGCAGCCGAGAGAAUGUACGAGCGGGCGUUGCAGAUCUCAACGGAGGUUCAAGGGGAGACGCAUCCUCAGACGGUGGUCUUGAUGAACGACUUAGCAACUGCUAUAGAUGCUCAAGGGCGGUAUGACGAUGCCUACACUCGUGUGAAGAGAGCAUCAGAUCUGGCUCAACAGACUGAACACCCUGAAACCUACGUUGUGCUGAAUAACCUGGCUGGGAUCCUAAUGCACAAAGAAGACUUUUCCCAGGCCAGACAAGUCUACAAAGAAGCCCUGAAGCUGGCAGAGGAAGCUGGAGAUGAUGCUGUCACUCGAUACAUUCGGAAAGAGUUAUCCGAACUUGCCCGGAGGCAGAAGCUGGCGAGAUCUGCAGAAAAUUCAGUAAAGAAAGAAAACGAAGGAGGAAAAGACUGA